GCUGUCACCUUUCUCCUUCCCCCACUGGCCACCCUCCCUCCCUCCCUCCCUCCCGACACUGACAGAGGCUAAAAAUACCCUUCCAUCCCCACGUGGCCACCCUGCCCAGCCCAGCCCAGCCAUAUCCCAGCAGGCCCUCCAUACCCCUCGGCCGGCUGCGCAGUCCUGCUCUCCAGCCUGAGUUCUGAGACAAGGUCCAGGUGCCGACUGAGAGGAGCCGUGGGGACGCCCGCGAGUAGGUGGCCGCGCAGUCAUGGUGUGGCACAUGGACGACCUGGACUUCCACCUGCCCUCGCACGCCCAGGACAUGCUGGACGGCCUGCGGCGGCUGCGCUCCCAGCCCAAGCUAGCGGACGUCACGUUGCUGGUGGGGGGCCGGGAGCUGCCCUGCCACCGGGGGCUCCUGGCGCUGAGCAGCCCCUACUUCCACGCCAUGUUCGCGGGCGACUUCGCCGAGAGCUUCUCGGCGCGCGUGGAGCUGAGGGACGUGGAGCCUGCCGCGGUGGCGCAGCUGGUGGACUUCGUGUACACGGGCCGGCUGACCAUCACCCAGGGCAACGUGGAGGCGCUGACCCGCACGGCCGCGUGCCUCCACUUCCCCGCCGCGCAGAGGGUCUGCGGCCGCUACCUGCAGCAGCAGCUGGAUGCCACCAACUGCCUCGGCAUCUGCGAGUUUGGGGAGCGGCAGGGGCUGCUGGGCGUGGCUGCCAAGGCCUGGGCCUUCCUGCGGGAGAACUUUGAGGCCGUGGCACAGGAGGAUGAGUUUCUGCAGCUGUCCCAGGAGCGGCUGGCCACCUGUCUGGCCGGCGACCUGCUGCAGGCGCAGCCGGAGCAGAGCCGGCUGGAGGCCCUGCUGCGCUGGGUGCGCCACGACCCCCAGGCCCGGGCCACCCACCUGCCCGAGCUGCUCGGCCUGGUGCACCUGGACGCCGUGCCCCGGCCCCGCGUGCAGCAGCUGCUGGCCACGGAGCCGCUGAUCCGGGAGUCGGAGGCCUGUCGGGAGGCCCUGUCCCAGGGCCACGAGAGGGCGCUGCUGGGCCUCCCGCGGGAGCCGGAGGAGGUGCUGGUGGUGGUAGGCGGGCGGGCGCUGGAGGAAGAGGAGCAGGAGGAGGGCGCCGAGCAGCCGCUUCCCCGCCCCGGCAACUUCGCCUUCUACCAGCCCGAGGCCAAGAGGUGGAUGGCGCUCCCAGACUUCCCUGACUACCACAAGUGGGGCUUCUCUCUGGCGGUGCUGAACAACGACGUCUACGUGACAGGGGGCUCUCGGGGCACCAAGACGGACACCUGGUCCACGACGCAGGCCUGGUGCUUCCGGCUGAGGGAGGCAGCCUGGAGGCCUGUGGCGCCCAUGCUGAAGGCCCGCACGAACCAUGCCAGCGCGGCGCUCAACGGGGAGAUCUACGCCGUUGGCGCCCCGACGCCUCCACCCCUUUCCCCUGCAGGCACCACUCUGGGUGCUGUAGAGGUGGAGAGCUAUGACCCCUACACAGACACCUGGACGCCCAUCAGCCCGGCCCUCAAGUACGUCAGCAACUUCUCGGCGGCCGGCUGCCGGGGCAGGCUCUACCUGGUGGGCUCCAGCGCCUGCAAGUACAACGCCCUGGCUCUGCAGUGCUACAAUCCCGCCACAGACGCGUGGAGCGUGACCUCCUCGCCCUUCCUCCCCAAGUACUUGUCCUCGCCGCGCUGCGCCGCGCUGCACGGGGCGCUCUACCUGGUGGGGGACAACACCAAGAAGGUCUACGUGUACGACCCCGGGGCCAACCUGUGGCAGAAGGUGCAGUCCCUGCACAGCCUGCACGAGAACGGGGCUCUGGUGCCGCUGGGGGAUGAGCUGUACGUGACGGGCGGCCGCUGGCAGGGCAUGGACGGCGACUACCACGUGGAGAUGGAGGCCUACGACCCCAGGCGCGACGCCUGGACCCGCCACGGCGCCCUGCCCCGCCUCUGGCUCUACCAUGGGGCCUCCGCCGUCUUCCUGGACGUCUCCAAGUGGACCCAGCCCUUUGGGCCCACCCAGGAGCCCUAAGCCGCCCCUCGGCGCACCUGGAGCAGGCCCGGCUGAGCCCCCGCCCCGGGGGACGGCCCCCUUUCACUGUGGUUUGUGAACCAAAGUGUCGCCGUCCCCUCCAGGGCUUGGGCUGGGUUCGGGCCACCAGGGGACGUCAGAGGACACAGCCUCGGUCUCCGCAGCCACCACGCCAAACUCUGAGCUGACCGGCGGGAAGGGCUGGGCCUCUGGAAGCCUGUAUGGGUGGGAGAAGCAGCUCUCCUGCCCGUGGGGCGUCUGAGACCUCAGAGGAAGGAGCCCAGGGCCGGGGGAGCCUUGAGAGAGCUCCCGUGCUCUCUGAAUACUGGCCGCUCCCGGCUGCGUGUCCCCCUGGUGGCUUCUGGAGCACCUGCACAGGUGAGGGUGAUGCGGAGGCCCAGGAAGCUGAGGCCGUUGUGCAGGGUGGGCAGCACAGAGCAAAGGGCCUGAGGUGGGGUCAGCGCCCAGCCCCGGGGGCCGUGCUUCUGCCUGUCCCACAGCUGUGUGACCGCGGCCGGCAGCCGACCCUCUCUGGGCCUCAGGCACAUGGGGCCGCCUCGGGUGGGCUCUCUGCUCUCCCUGCCCCCAGCCUUACGUUGGCACCUUGUUUCCAAAGACUGUUUCCGGGGACAAAGGAGACCCAGCUUUUUCUGUGUCAGCCCCAGGAGGGCAGCGCUCACAGAGGCUCUGAGGGAAGGGGGUGGGGCGUGGGGGGAAGGAGAGAGGGUCCUUCCACCUGCCUGGGGGCUGGGGGGAGAGGGGGCAGCAGGGCUUCCCAGGGAGGUGAGCAGCAAAGCCAGGAUUCCCCCCGUUUCUUGGGGCGCUUUGCUUCAAAACAAAGGCUCUUCAUCACAGUGAAGGUCCCCAGACGGGGGCCCGCAGGGGCGGGGGUCCUGCCGGGACUUCGGGGGAUGGCCCUUGGGCCCUUGGGUGGCUCGCCCCCAGGCGGCCUCCUCAGCGAGGAAGACCAGCACUUGGAGUGACUCGGGUGGCUCGCGCCUGCCCAGAGCCCCCCGCCUUGGACUGGGUCCCCUCGCGGGGCUGGCUGGCCCUCCCCGGUCCUUCGCACUCAUCCUGAGCAAGGCCGAGUUUGCGGCCAAGGGGACGAUGAAGGACUCUCACUGGGUGCUCAGUGGGCCAACCCCUUUGACACGGGCUCCGCCAGGGGACACAGGGCUACAGAUGGGGAGUUCUGGGUCCGGCCUGGCACCGACCGGCUGAGGCCUCGGGUACCUCCCAUCCCGCUCUGGACCCGGGUUUCCUCUCCAGGACCAGCCCACAGGCUCCUCUGUGAAGGCAUCAGGGACCAGAGGGGCCUCUGACAUCCCUGGUUCUGAGGAAGGAAUCCCUGGUCCCUCCAGCUUCUGUGGAUCCAGAUCCACUUUGCUCCCAGACCUGAGCCCUCACAGCCGUGUCUUAUGGGAGAAUUGAGUUGGCCCCAGGGCCCAGACAGAGCGGGGCCUGCUGAGCGUCUGCUCCCUGCACCUGAGGACACGCGGUGGGCUGGCGGCCUGGGUGAAAAUGAGGAUGAAGUUUUCUGGGAUCCUUGAAUCUUUCUGUAAGAAAAUCUUCUGAAUUUUCAAUCCAGACAGUGAUUGAAAGUGCUGUUUCAAAACAAAGA